AUGAAUCCUGAUCUGUCCAGUUCCAAAUAUAAAAAAAAGUUAAAACAGAGAUUACACGCUCUUGACUCCAAAAACUCAGCAAAUAUGAAUCAAAGAACUGGCGAAGAGAGAAAUUUAGAGGAAUUAUUAAAGGAAAUACUACGUCUUAAUCAUGAUGAACCCAGAAUUUGUGAUUUAGUAAAUAAAGGAAUUCUGAGAACUCAAGUAACCAAAGUUACAGAAGCUUUCGAAGCCGAUUCAAGAGUUUUUCCACAAAGAAAUAAAAUUAAGUAUUGGAACAAAGAAAAUAUACGAAAUUGGGCUAAUUUUGUAAAGGGAACGGAAAUUACAAGAGAUCCAGAGUUUCUGGAAGAAAUGAUAGCAGUCCUUAAGAGAACAAAUAUCCUUUAUUGUGGAAAUGAUCCGAGACUUACCCAGGUUUUAGCUAUAUUACUUUUUGAAUCGUCAAAGGAACAAGGUAGAUUGUUACAAAUAUCCACAGGCGAAGGAAAGUCUACAAUAUGUGCUAUGCUUGCGAGUAUUAAGGCAUUACAAGGAGAGAAUGUGGAUAUAAUAACAAGUUCCCCUAUUCUAGCAAAGAGAGACGCUGAUGAGAGAAAAAGUUUUUAUGAAACUUUAGGGAUCAAUUGUGGGUCUAAUGAAGGUGAAGAGGAAAUAGACUAUUCGAGAAAUGAACUACCUAGAUUUGGGGUGGUAAUUGUAGAUGAAGUCGAUAAUAUGAUGAUUGAUGACAGUAGCAGAACUGCAAGAUUAACAGGAGGACUAGCUGGAUUUGAAUAUCUAAAUCCAGUAUUUUGCGGAGUAGCAAAUGAGUUAAAUACUAUAAGCAAGCGGAUUACAAAGGUAGGAGAAAAGAUAGUAUAUCUGGAUGGUGAGUUCGAGGAAGAAGAAGAAAAUCUCUACUUAGGAAAAGAAACAAAAAUACAUGAAAUUGAUAAUUUGUACGAAUUUAUUUCUAAACAAUUAACAGAAUUUACAACAAAGAUAAUAAAAGAAAAAGUAAUAGAGCUACCAGAAUUUUUAAGAGAUUUUCGGUUAAAGUUUAUAGAAGAGUUAGUUGAAUCUGCAAUUCAAAGCUGGGGUAUAUAUGAGAGGAGAGAUUAUCUAGCGAUAAAAGAUAAAAAUAAAAACUUAAAAAUUGCACCAGUUGACUACAACAGUACAGGAAUAGUUCAAGAUGGUAUGACAUAUUCUAAUGGAUUACAUCAAUUUUUGCAAAUAAGGCAUGGACAUAAGCUUAUACCUGAAACAGUAGUUACAAGUUUUAUUUCGAAUCUGAGAUAUUUUAAAAAGUAUAGAACUAAGAUUUAUGGAAUGACUGGAACAGUUGGAUCUAAGGAGGAACAAGACUUGAUAUCUUCAAUUUAUAAAAUAGAUUUUGGAUUUAUUCCAACAUAUAAAGCAAAACAAUUCAAAGAGUUAGAAGGAAUAGUAGCUAGCGAUAAGACUGAAUGGUAUAUAAACAUUAUUACUAAUACAAUACAAGAAAAAGAGAGAGGAAGAGCGAUACUAGUUAUUUGUAAGACAAUUGAAGAUGCAUCAACAAUUUAUAAUUUUUUAAUAAAAGUUGAUCAAAGAUUGAAAAUAAGACUAUAUUCUAGAAAUGAUAAUGAUAAUGAUGAAUGUUCAGCAGUAAAAGAGAAAGUUGACUCAGGAGAUAUAAUAAUUGCAACAAACUUAGCAGGAAGAGGAACAGAUAUCAAAACAAGUACUAGGGUUGAAAAAAAUGGAGGAUUACAUGUUAUAGUUACUUUUUUACCAUCAAAUUCAAGAGUGGAGAAACAAGCAUUUGGAAGAACAGCGAGACAGGGAGCAAAAGGGACUGCGCAAUUGAUAAUUGAUAGAAUAUAUACUGAAAAACAUUUCAAUGUAUCUAAUGUUUUAAACAAUAUAUAUGAAUUUAAGCAGUUUAGAAAUUGUAGAGAAUAUAUAAGAAUGCUGGAGACUAAAUUAUAUAAAACAGAGGAAGUCGAAUUAAGAGAUAUUUUAUUUGAGAUAUAUUUAGAGGUUGAUAAAUAUUUAAGAGAAAUAGAAAAGAAGAAAAUAGAAGAAAAGACGGCAGAAGAAAGAAAGGAAGGUGAUAUAUAUCAAUAUAAACUGCUGCAAAUAGAAGAAAAAUGGGGAAUUGAACUAAAAAAGUUCCAAAAAACAUUAGCUUAUGAUAUCAAUACACAAGAAAAACUAAACAAAAUAGCAAGAAAUUUUGGGUUUAAACCGGAUGAACUACAUAAUACUGAUAAAAAAAUAUUUAGUUUAUACAAUGCAAUCAACAUAAGCUUGAAGAAUAAUGCAAGUAGUGAGCACCUGCUCUGGUUUACAUUAGGUCACUUUUUAGAUACUUUUACUAAAAGAUAUAAUAAACGAUAUCAAUAUAUAGAAUAUAAUAAUAUAUUUGAUGCUAAUUUUUACGAAAAAGCUGCAGAAAGCUUUAAUGAUCAAGAAGCAUUAAAAAGUUUAGUAUCAAUAUUAAGAAGGAAUAUAGUAAUAAUAAGCAGUAAUCAAGAAAGUACGGAGAUUUACAAAAUAAAAGAUUCAAAAGAAACAAUUUAUAUAGGUUUAGCAGCAGGAAGUAAAAAAUAUUAUAGAAAUUAUAUACCAUUAAUAAAAGAUUCAAAUAAUAACAAAACUAUAGAGAAAUAUCCAAUAAUAACGGAAGUAGAAGCUGCAGAAUAUAAAAGUAAUGUAGAUCUUUUUGGAAGAAAAGAGAUAAGAAAAUUACUAGAUGAAAUUAUAAAACGAGAGUCAGAAGAGAUAAAAAAAUAUAAUCUGAUAGUAAAACAGGAGAGCAUUAAUUAUUUUAAAACAUUUUUUAAUGAAAUAAAAGAAGCAUACAUGGAGGAUUACAAAAUAAUGAUCAAUCCUGCCUAUAUGGUUCAAAUUGGAAUUAAAAAAUCAAAAGUUAAAGAAAAAAUAGAUAUUUUAGAAGGUGCAUGCAAUUUAGAAAAAAAUUUUUCGUUACCAGCAAAUUAUAAUUUAGCUCAUGCGAUAAUUGAAGAACAGGAAGAAGGUUAUAAACAAAAAGCUUUUACUAAAUUAUCAAUAGCAAAAAACCGAAUAGAUGAAAUUUUAAUACCUCAAUUAGAAUAUAUGCAACUUACACUUUUACUCCGCCCAAAGAAUAAUUUUAAUAUAGAAGAUUAUAUAAGUAAAAAGGCAGUUAGUAUAUUCGCAACAUUAUUUUCAAUAGGAUUAGAAACAUUAUCAUCAUAUCUGAAUAUACCUAUAGCCAAGACAUCUGAUCCAACAUCUAUUUCUUCAUUAUUAACAGAAAUAGGACUAAAUAUGGUAAUAACAAAAAUCAUACAAAAAUUACUAGAUACCGGCGCAGAAAAGAUUUUAAAUCAAUUUAGAGAAGAAGUAAAAGAAACUAUAUUAAAAGAAUUAAGAGUAAGUCUAGACGAUCCAACUAUAUUAACGUAUUUAAACAAAUUAUUAGCAAAAGAUGCAUUAUGUGAGGAGGGAGAAUGUAAUGGAUUAGCGAUAAAUACAUUACAAAUUUUAGAAGACAAGCAAAAUAUAUUUAGAGAAUUAAUAGAUAGUGGAUUAGAAGAAAUAUUAAAAAGUGAAUUUCCAAUUUUAAAAGAGAUUUCAAUAGUUAUUAAAGGUACAGAUAUAGUCACAACAUUAAGCGGAAUAAAUAAAGUAGCAAAAGAAACAGCAAAAGAAAUAUCAAAAGUAUUUAAAAACAAUUUUAGAAAAGAAACUAAAGCCAAAAAUCAAUUUAAAAGAUGCGAAAGAAAUAAUAAAGCUAUUAAAAGAAUAUGA